UAUAAGUUACAUGAAAAUUGCACAUCCCAUUUUGCAAGUACAAAGUUAUUUGAGAAUCAGUAUCAAACCCAUAUCGAACCACUUAUCAAACCAAGAAACCUACCAAGGCUUUUCAUGGGCUAAUAUGGCGCUACCCAGCACAAGACGUGGAUUCCGAACUGCAAUGCGUUUAUCGAAGCAAUGCAGCUUGACUCAUUUAUCAACUGCUAAGAGAACGUAUGCGGAGACAAAGAUUAAAAAGAAGCCAAAGGGUAUAUUUGCCAAAUGCCCUCCAACAGUGUUCUCUGGUAUCCAGCCAACUGGGAUUCCUCACAUUGGGAAUUAUCUUGGUGCAAUAAAAAACUGGGUUCACAUGCAGAAUACACACCAAAGAGUGUUAUUUUGUAUUGUAGAUUUGCAUUCAGUAACACUGCCACAGAAUCCCAAUGCAUUGAGGCAGAGUAUUUUUGAUACUGCGGCCUGUUUGUUGGCAUGUGGAAUUGAUCCUGACAAGGCCAUUCUAUUCCAACAGUCAGAUGUGCCACAACAUUCAGAGCUAUGCUGGGCUUUUACUUGUUUGACAACUUUGCCAAGAAUACAGUCUCUCCCACAGUGGAAGGAAAAGUCAGAAAAAUAUGCUAAAGAUAUUAAUGUUGGUCUUAUGACAUAUCCAAUCCUACAGGCAGCAGAUAUACUUCUUUAUAAAGGAACAGAGGUGCCAGUUGGUGAAGACCAGAUACCACAUGUAGAAUUGGCACAAGAUUUAGCAAGAAUAUUUAACUAUCGUUUUGGAGAAUUUUUUCCAAAGGCAUCAGCAGUCAUUCCAAAAUCUGCAAGGAUCAAGAGUUUACGAACACCCACCAGCAAGAUGAGCAAAUCUGAAAUUGAUGUUAAAAGUCGCAUUGACCUCACAGACUCUCCUGAAGUCAUUAGGGGCAAGAUUAAGAAAGCUGUCACAGACUUCACCCCAGAAAUAUUCUAUGAUCCAGAUAAUAGACCUGGAAUUUCUAAUUUAAUGGACAUUCAUGCUGCAUUCACAGGCCUCUCCAGUGAUGAGAUAACAGAACAGAACAAGCUCAAAAAUACUGUGGGAUAUAAAUCUGAAGUUGCAGAUAUUGUGACUCAGUAUUUAACCCCUAUAAGGGAAAAAGUACUAAGACUUAGGGAGCAGCCUGAAUAUGUACAACAAAUACUGGAUAGAGGUGCAGAGAGAGCUGGUGAUAUAGCUCAGGAGAACUGGAUGCAAAUUAGAAAGCUAAUGGGGUUCAAAUGAUUAACUGUUUUACUUUGAA